AUGAGACUCAAACUAAUGGCGCUUUUGGCGUUGGCUGCCAUUGCCUAUGCCAAUCAACAGUACUGUAAAUGUGAAUGUUCAGGCAAUUCUGUCUUGGGCAAGAUCGACAGGUGUGGGUUGUGCAACAGCAGCUGGUGCUUGCAGCAGAACGAUAAGCUCUGCGAGGACGAGGAGGCCGAGGACAUCAUGAUCAGUUGUUUUCAGAUCGAGUCAUCGAAAGAGAAGUUCAUUAUUGUCGUAUUUGUGUUGAGCGUGUUGGCCUUGCUAGUAGCAGGCUACUGGCGGUAA